ACGGCGACAUGGGUUCCGGCACCGCCUUUCGGACGGCCGCCGCUUUGUUGCUGCUCCUGGCGCCGCUCUCCGGCUGCCGCGCCGACGCAGUGAACGCUUCGCCGUCCGCGGCCGGGGUGUGCUCCUCGUGGGGGCGCUCCCACUGGCGCACGGCCGACGGCGCCUUCUUCCGCCUGCCGUCGUCGUGCAACCACCGAGCGGUCGGCGACUGCGACGGCGACGGCUACGAAAGCUUCGACGUGCAGGUGAGACGCCGGGCGGCCCGCGGCGCCGGCGCCGACGCCAUCCAGGCGGUGCUGGUCAGGUUGGACGCCGACGUGCUGGAGCUGCGGCCGCACGGCGCCGUGCGAGUCAAUGGGAAAAGCGUGUCACUUCCUGUGGUGGAGCCGGGCCUGGUGAUCGAGAACGCUUCGGCAGGCCUCCUGGUCCGGUCCAGAUUCGGAAUCCAACUGGUCUGGAACCUCGAAGACGCCCUGAGCAUCGAGAUGGACGGCAAAUACGAGGGCUCGCUCUGCGGCCUCUGCGGGAACUUUGACGGAAUCGACAACGAGUUUGCCAAAGACGGAGCGCCGCUUUCCGUCGCCGAAUACGCCGCCCGGCACAAAGUCGGCGGACCGGCGGAGACGUGCGACGAAGCCGGAGACGAGCCCGCCCCGCGGCCCGACUGCGGCCACGAGGAGUUGUGCGCACGGCUCUUUUCGGGCGCGGCCUUCAGCGGCUGUCGGAACCUCGUGGACGCCGACGCUUUGGCCCGAGCGUGCAGGUCCGACGUCUGCGCAUGCGGCGAGGAUCGGCCGGCCCCGACGGCCCUGUGCCAAAGCGCGUCCGAGCUCUCGCGACAGUGCGUGCGCGCCGGAGGAACGCCGGGCGCGUGGAGGAACGCCACCUUCUGCCCCCACGAGUGCCCGGCCCCAAAGGUCUACGUGGACUGUCUGGCGGCCCCGCCGGGCACCACCGGGACCGAAUGUGAGAGCAGCUGCGCCACCCUGGACACGGCAUGCAUCAGCCACGGCUGCGUGUCGGGGUGCGCCUGUCCCGACGGUCUGGUGUCGGACGGGCUCGGGGGCUGCAUCGAGGCCGGCGGAUGCCCCUGCGUCCACAACGGCCAGACCUACCGGCCCGGACAUGUCCUCCAGGUGGACUGCAACACCUGCACCUGCGCAGGCAGAAAGUUCACCUGCACCAGCAAUGUGUGCGAUGCUGUGUGCGCCAUCUAUGGCAACGGACAUCUCAUCACCUUUGACGACAAGAGGAUUGACUUUCCGGGACAGUGUGAACACACGCUCGUGCAGGACUACUGCGGAGACAACGAGACGGAGGGAAGUUUCCGGAUUGUCAGCAGGAACGUUGCAUGCGGAAGCUCGGCAACCACAUCCUGCUCCAAGAUGGUGAAGAUCUUUGUCCAGGACGAUGAAGAAUACCACCUGAGGGAGGAGAAGUUCCACGUCAUCCGGAGCCGGCGCCGGCUUUUUCCGGCUCAGGUGCGCCAGAUGGGCAUCUACACGGUGGUCACCAUUGAACCGGGAGUCGUCGUCAUGUGGGACAAGAAGACCUCCGUCUUCAUCAAACUGGCGCCACGCUAUCAGGGCAAGGUGUGCGGUCUGUGCGGCAACUAUGACGGAAACAUUCGCAACGACCUGGCCAAGCGUUCCGGAGAGAGCGUCGCCGACGCGCUGGAGUUCGCGAGCGGCUGGACGGCCUCGGAGUCCGACUGCCCCGCCGCCGCACGCCUCGGCUCGCUGUCGGACCCGUGCGGCAACAACCGCUACCGUGCGGAGUGGGCGGAGAGGCGGUGCGGCGUCAUCAUCGGGCCCACCUUCCAGGCCUGCCACUCACGGGUGGAUCCCGGUCCGUACUACGACGCGUGUGUGCGUGACGCGUGCGCGUGCGACAGCAGCGGCGACAGCGAGUGCGUGUGCACGGCGGUGGCGGCCUACUCCAAGGCUUGCAGUGAGGCCGGAGCUUGCGUACGAUGGCGGAGGCCCCAAUUCUGCCCCAUCUUUUGCGACUACUACAACGCCCCCGGGGGCUGCGAGUGGCACUACAAGUCGUGUGGAGCUGACUGCAUGAAGACUUGCAGGAAUCCUUCGGGGAGUUGUUCGCAGCUCAUCAGCGGCCUAGAAGGUACACACGUUUGACCGGAACGAAUCUGGUGAUUCGGGUCCACGCAAGUGUUGUGUUGCGGUCCACGGGAAUGUGGUGGUCACCCCAGGAAGCGAGUGUUGUCUUGUUUCAGGAUGCUACCCAGAGUGUCCUCUCAGUCGUCCGUACUUUGACGAGGACAACAUGACGUGUGUAUCGUGGGAACGCUGCG